GAUGCACCGCAAAAAGAGCAACGUCUGAAUCCGUGUGACGGGGGUUGCAGUUUUAACGUGGUCGAGCUGUGGGUUUUUUUUUUAAUCAUCUGGCGGUGAGCAGACUGUGUGUCACUUGGACGCUUUCGACGACCCAAAGGAUACUGACUCCUUCAUGCGAACAAUGUGGGUGUGAUUGAUUGCGAAAAAUAAAAGAGCUUCUUGUAGUCAUUUGGCCUAUUCAGACGAGCGGUCCCCAGACAUUAUAGUGGAAGACAUGACGGGGCUGGCAGCCAAAAGAGAGGGCCCGCAGUUCAUCAGCGAGGUGGCCGUGCGAGGUAACGCAGCGGUGCUGGACUACUGCAGGACGUCAGUGUCCGCCCUGUCCGGAGCCACCGCCGGGAUUCUGGGCCUCACUGGCCUCUAUGGCUUCGUCUUCUACUUUCUCGCCUCGUUUCUGCUCUCCCUGCUGCUCAUACUGAAGGCCGGUCGCCGGUGGAAUAAGUGCUUCAAGUCCCGAAGGCUGCUGUUCACGGGGGGCUUGGUCGGGGGUCUCUUCACCUACGUGUUGUUCUGGACCUUUUUGUACGGCAUGGUGCAUGUAUACUGACUGAGUCAUGAUGUACCAUAGCCCCGACGUUAAAACUGCAGGACUCCGCUUCAGUGUACCACUUGUAGGGUGUUAGUGCAUCAGAUGUUUUACUAGUCACAGGUAGCCUCCAACAGAACACUUCCAGCGUUUUUCAUUUUGUUUUUCAGAACUUUUACCCAUAUAUUUAAAACUAUCCAUAGCGAUAAUUAACGACAAAUCCCCUUGCCAGUGAUUAUAUGAUCCCUAACUCGACAGUUUUCAUGGUUUUUACCGUGGGGUAUACACAUAACAUGUUAGUGGAUUAAAGGGUCUUAAUACUGCUGAGGUGGCCUGCAACAUAAGUUCUUGUUAAUAAGGGAUGUCAGUAAUAAUUUGUAGAUUUUACAAUUGUCUACACACUGCACGGUUGAAAUGCUAAAAUAGUCAGAGAUAAAGUUCCUUGCUGAAAUAUCAGUAUCUCAAAAUAGUUUUUUUCUGUUUUGUGUAAAGGUGUGUGCUGUUUGUCUGACAGAUUUAAUGAUGAAAUGUCAUUUUUCCUGAUUAAAAUAUAUGUGUAAUA